AUGAGUGUCGAACGAUUUCUUGUGUUCGGCUCGGUUAUUGCCUGGGUGCUCCUCACGUAUUGCUCCAGAUUUUGGAUCGAGGCUGUCGAUGGCUACCUUAUCGGAAAUCGUCGUCGAGUCAUUGCCAUGUGGCGUAUUGAGUGCAUUCUAACUCUACUCAACGUCUUUGCUUAUGGUCAAUUGAUGAAAUGGUUUGAUGAUGAUAUAGUCAAGGAAAAGGUGCAGGAUCGUAGGAAAAUGCAGGUAAUGUGA